AUGCACGACGAGGACGUGGCCAGGCCGGGCAUGCGUCCCAGCGUCACAUGGACGCUGCAUGCCAGCAGCAAGGCCGGCAGCCUGGUCGAGGGCUUCCGCGGCCGCAACCGCUUUCAGCAGCGGGUGCGCCCCGAGACACCGAUGCCCCUGCACGACGGAGAUACCCUGUGCCUCGUACCGGGCGUGACCGCCACGCUCCGCUGGCAGCCUCUCACCGUGUGUGUGGCGCGCGUGCCGUCGCUCGAGACGCACGCCACGACCGCCGCCGCCGCUCGCCUGGGCCUCCACCUCGUGCCGCCGGCGCAGCUCGCCGAGGCCACCUACGUGUGUGUGCCGGCCGUGCGGCCCAACAAGACGCAGCUGCUCGCGCUCGUGCAUGGCCUCCCCCUCGUUGCUGAGGCAUUUGUCCAGACGCUCUUGGACGGGCCGCCGGCGUCCGCGUGGGCGCUGCCUGAUCCGAGCGCCUUUGUGCCGCCAAGCGACCCACGUCUCCCGCCAGACGCUCAGAUAUCCCGCUUGCAGCUGCGCCCGGAUGCGCGGCGGCGGCACCUAUUCCAGGGCGCGGCGCUGUUCAUGGUGGUAGCAGGCUCCGCGCGCCGACAUACGGACAUGGCCGAGCUGGCGCGGGCGGCCGGCGCCGUCGUCCACGUCCACGACGCGGCUGUGCACGCGCUGCAAGAUGCGCACGAGGCUGAGCGUGCCCUGUCGCGAGCGCGCGCACACACAACACACCCGAUGUACGUGGUUGUGGCGGAAGACGCAGCGCCGCUCGCCACGAGCGUGCCAAGCACCGCUACGCGCCUGGGCCUCGUGCGGUUGCCGGGCGGCCUCACAGCGAUCACACAAGGCAUCCUCGACGUCCAGCGCUGGGACCAGAUGGCUCCUGCGCCGGUAUCGGAGGCGCAGCCGCGCACCGAUACGCCAGAUGUUUCGAGUGUAGGAGAGGUGACGGUCGACGUGACGAGUGACCGCAGUGUCGACCGGGCGCCGUGUCCAUCGGAAGGCGGCAGCGAGGUGCUCGAAGUACCGCCGGAGCCGGAGCCUGCCGGACCUGACCCUGCGCCUGAGCGGGAGGCCCCAGCCGCGCCCGUGCCGAGGGAUGCGCCCGCGGCGGCCCCGACCGAGGCGCCCCGCGCGCAGGGUGCCGCGCAUGGCCCGUCGCUUCCGCGGCGAGCAGGGACGCGGCAGGCGCGGCGCUCGCACCUGCUGGACGAGCUCCUAGGUGUACAGGCGCCUGAGCCAGCGCAGCCUCCUCCGCCGGCCGUGGCAGCCGCGUCGCUCACCGAGGGACGACCACCGAGCCCGAUCCCUUCGGCGUCGCCUCUCGAGAUGGCGCCGCUCGCGCGCCCGUCGCUCCUCCAGGUGCAGGUCGUGCCGAUGCUCCGCCAAGCGCGCGGAGCGCGCGAGGCACGACGCCCGCGACGGCAGCGACUCUCGCGUCGCGUCGCGCUCGUGCUGGAUGCGCCUGGGGUGUCGGAUACAAUGGGCGAGCAGGGCGAUGAUCUGUAG